AUGGGGACUCCGGAAUUUCCAGAUCUGGGGAAACACUGCUCCGUCGAUAUCUGCAAGCAGAUCGAUUUCUUGCCUUUCACCUGCGACCGCUGCCUCCAGGUUUUUUGUUUGGAUCAUCGAAGUUAUAUGAAACACACUUGUCCCAAAGGCGAUAGAGAAGACGUAACCGUGGUUAUAUGCCCGCUCUGUGCUAAAGGAGUCCGGUUAAACCCGAACGAAGACCCCAACAUUACAUGGGAGAAACAUGUCAACACCGAUUGCGACCCAUCAAACUACGAGAAGGCCACAAAGAAGAAGAAAUGUCCUGUUCCGAGAUGCAAGGAGCAGCUAACAUUCUCCAACACCAUCAAAUGCAAGGACUGCAAUAUUGACCACUGCUUAAAACACCGGUUUGGACCUGAUCACGCUUGCCCUGGACCGAGAAAACCCGAACCGAGUUUCCCGUUUAUGGGUUUCUUGAGUGGUGGUAGUAGCAGUAGUAGCAGAAAAGAAACCAAAACAAAGAGACCCAACAAAGCUCCUUCAUCUUCGAGAUGGUCUAAUCUUCUAUCGUCAGCAGAAGCUGGAAUUAGCAGGCUUGGUAACGACAUUAGCCAUAAGCUUCAGUUCUCGAGCAGCAGCAGCAAUGAUGGUAUCGUGGAGGUGUGUCCACAAUGUGGUGCGAAAUUCUCUUCGGUUGCUGUUCUUGUGGAACAUGUAGAGAGAACACAUGAGAGGAGCAAGAAUCAGAAUCAUAAUGGCGGCAAAGUCACAGUCGAUGUUUGCCCUAAGUGUAGCAGAGGGUUCCGCGAUCCAGUGGAUCUUGUGAACCAUAUCGAAAGAGAUCAUCGAGUCAUCGGGUUGGCUUUUUCGAGCUUUGAUCUGAGGCGAACGGUUGAGUUUUUAAGGAGUGCCUUCGAUUAA